AUGGCCUUUCAAGCGCGAUGGCGAGAACUGAAGAAAGCAGGAUGGACUACGAAGCGGCCCACUGGUCUGUCAGUCGAUUUCACCUACCUGAAACCUGGAAAUACGAAGAAAGACGUCCGCGGCGUGGACUUCUUCGUAGGAGAGAUCGAGUUAAUGGCCUACCUUGAUGAAGUCGAUCUCGCUGAGCUUGCAGCGGCGAAAUCGGCGGAAGCGAAGCAAUCUGCAGCACGCCCCGCCAAGACGAAGAAGCAGGCAGCCAAAGCGACAAGUAAGCCGAAAGCGAUCUCUACGAUAACAGUGUGCAGCAGCACGGUGAGUGACGAGGCCUCCUCGGCAGCGCCUAAAGCUGCAGCGUCCAGAACGGAAGAUUUGUCUUUGAGUGAUGUGGAAAGCUUACCCACUAGUGCACCACCGUCGAGCCCCCACCGAACAUCUCGUAAAGCUACACCUGAGAUCAUUCUGGGUGUGUCCUCGCACGAUACGACGUAUGCAGAAGAAGACGACGCAGAUGAUAUUGAGUGCGAGAACACCCAUGAAG